AUGAAUUUUUUUCAUACCAAGUACAUCAUCAUCCCUCGCCAGCUGGGCGGCACUGUCAUUCAGGCCUUCUGGGCCGGUACUUCGUUUCUGCUCACCAGCACGGUCUUCAUUCUGACGUUCGGAUCGUUAUCUGAUACCUUUGGACGAAAAUACACUAUUCUUCUUGCAUUGGUCCUAUUCACCGUGGGAUCAAUUGUUGCCGGCGCUGCCCACAACCUGAACAUUGUCCUCGUCGGUCGGAGCAUCCAAGGUGCUGGUGGAGGCGGCAUUCUCAUUCUCACCGAGGUUGUCAUUACGGACUACGUGCCCCUGCGUCAGCGGGGAACGUACUUUGGCUAUGCCAGCGCUGUAUGGGCGCUUGGAUCUGUCACUGGUCCAGUCAUCGGUGGCGCGUUAGCCGAGGCUGCCUCCUGGAGAUGGAUUUGCUGGAUUAAUAUUCCCAUCUGCGGAGUUGGUUUCAUUCUGGUCAUUGAAUUCUUGAAUCUCAAGUCUGUGCCGGGGUCUUUCGUUCCAAAGCUCCUCACAGUCGACUGGGUGGGCGCAUUUCUGCUCACAGCUUCGGCCACCAGCCUACUCCUUGCGCUUUCUUGGGGUAAUAUCAUGUACCCCUGGUCAUCGUGGCGCACCAUUGUGCCACUGGUGCUCGGUCUUUUAUGA